AUGCAACACGUCUCCCAGCCUUCCGGGACAUAUGACGCAGCCCACACGCCCUACGUGAGCCAGCCACGCGUAUCGGCGGGAGUGACGUUCGGCGACGUGUACAGCUACUCUCCCGAGACCGUCGCAUCCGAGCUGUGGACCACCGAUCUCGCCUCGACAAGAUGGCUCGGCCUUCUCGCUACCGACGCGGCGCAGGCAGACAGUGGGUUUUCACUCGCCCCGAGCCCGGCCCCGGAGGAUGAGGAGCAGAGGCGGGCGGCGGACCUGCAUGGCCCGCCCGAUGCAACCAACCUCGAGUCCCGCCUCAACGAAGUAUCAGACCCAGAGCGGAAAACUUGGCAGGCAGAUCGGGAUAUCACAUUGUCUAACCGGGAGGCCGCACUCUUUCGUCACUUUACGGAACGAUCGGCUCGUUGGUUGGACUUCUUGGAUCCGCAGAAGCUCUUCUCCACUUAUGCAGUCCGGUUGGCUUUGCGAAAUGCAGGUCUCAUGAAUGCAAUCUUGGCAUUAUCGGCUAAACACCUCUCAAAGCUGGGAGGAGGAGGACAUCGGAACUCCAACGUCAGCAAUGGGGACACGGAGGAGGAUUCCGGCGGAGAAUGGGUUCGAUACUAUUACGAGACUCUCCGCGUACGAGAUGCUGGACGAAUCAGACGGUAG